UGUCUGCAGGAAAAAUGAUGAGAACUCUGAUCACCAUACACCCACUGCCCCUGCUUCUAUUGCUGCAGCAGCUGCUGCAGCCAGUGCAGUUUCAAGAGGUGGAUACAGAUUUUGAUUUCCCAGAAGAAGAUAAAAAAGAAGAAUUUGAGGAGUAUUCGGAACAAUUUUUUAGUAUAGGGCCCACCAGACCACCUACCAAAGAAAAAGUCAAAAGACGUGUCCUUAUUGAACCUGGAAUGCCACUAAAUCAUAUAGAGUACUGUAAUCAUGAAAUCAUGGGAAAAAAUGUUUACUACAAACACCGUUGUGUGGCAGAACAUUACUUCCUUCUUAUGCAAUAUGACGAGCUCCAAAAAAUCUGUUACAACAGAUUUGUGCCAUGUAAGAAUGGAAUUAGGAAAUGUAACAGGAGCAAAGGUCUUGUAGAAGGAGUGUAUUGUAAUUUAACAGAAGCAUUUGAAAUACCAGCGUGUAAAUACGAAUCACUUUAUAGGAAGGGCUAUGUCCUUAUCACUUGUUCAUGGCAAAAUGAAAUGCAAAAACUUAUUCCUCAUACUAUAAAUGAUCUCGUGGAGCCACCUGAACACAGAAGUUUCCUCAGUGAGGAUGGUGUCUUUGUCAUACCGCCCUAGCAGAGCGUUCUCUGAGAGCUUAGGGUGGGAGGAAUAUUUCUCUCCAUACUGAUCCUUAUAGAUCAAAGUUGAGAAUGGUAAUUUUGCUUCCAUUCACUUUAAUCACCCACUUUCCUUUCUUCCUUUCCCAACACCUCACGAAAGCACCUUAGGCUAGGUUCACAGACGGUGCUCUGAGAUGUGGUCUCAUGCGGGUCCCAUAAGUUAGCAUGCCUUGAAUGUGUUAUGGAUACAGAUGCCUGCAGUGGAAGGAUGACCAGCACCAAGAGGAAAAGGAAAUGGUUGCUUGAAGUGUGCUCCAAAGACACAUCCAUGUGAUUCUCUAGUUCAGCAGAAAGAAUAAAAAUUGCUUCAAUCUA